AAGGCAGCCCCUGACAUGUUUUUUCCCUCUCCAUCCCAGGCUUGGAUCAGUGGUAUCCGAGCAGGCUCUGUCACAUCCUGUGGGAACCAUGUGAAGGCCAGCUGCUGCUGGAUCGCCUUCAACGCCGAGGCAGCCGGUGUGCUGGGCAUUGUGCCGCUGGAGUGUGAGGAUGGGGGCAAGAGGACCAUAUCUCAGCUCUGUUGCCACUCAGAUGUGGUCACUGACUUUGACUUCUCACCCUUCGAUCAGCUCCUGCUGGCCACAGGCUCUGCUGAUGAGACGGUGAAGGUGUGGCGCCUGCCCGAGAGCAGCCAGGACGUUCCCAGCAGCGCGGGGCUGACCCUGGGGCCCGGGGGGGCCCCGGUGGAUGCGCUGCAGUUCCACCCCACGGCGGACGCUGUCCUGGCCAGCGCUGCAGGGAAGAGAGUCACAGUGUGGGACCUGGGGCAGCAGCAGCCCCUGACAGUCCUGGAUUCCCACGGGGACCAGCUGCAGAGCCUGACCUGGAAGCGAGAUGGCCACCUCCUGGGCACCUCCUGCAAGGACAAGAAACUGCGGAUCUUUGACCCUCGAGCAGGCCCAGCUGCCUCCCAGAGUGUCCCGGGACACGACAACAACAAGGACUCCCGGCUGCUCUGGAUGGGCUCCAGCGAUUGCCUCAUCUCUGUCGGGUUCAGCCAGAUGCGGGAGCGGGAGGUGAAGCUGUGGGACACACGGAAGCUCACCGGGGCGACGCUCACCAUGGCACUGGACACCUCACCUGGGUAGGGACGGGGACUCAGCAUGGGGUGGGAGGGUGAGCAGUGGAGAUGUCAUGGUCAGAGACCCAUCAGGAGCGUGGUGGUGGAGCAUGAGCUGGCAUGGAGCUCCUGGAACCAGCAGCUCUCGGCCACAAAGCGGGUGACAAAUCUGGGGACAGCACAGCUGCAUCCCCAUCACAGUUUUGGUGAGAGGGCAGAGGCAGUGCUGGCGAGGGCACAGAGGUGUUCUGUAGUGCUGUGGUGUGUGGUGGCACUGCUGGGGACAGCGUCUGAGGUGGCUGCUGGCUGGGUGGGCUUGUGCACUGGGGCAGCACCAUGAGAUGCUGCAGGCAAGUGAAUCCCUUUGGCGCUGCUGGAACACCGGAGCAGCUCAGCCCUGGCCUCCCACUCCUGCCGUGCUUUGUGCCGCGGUGCCGUGCUGGCUGCCCAGCCAGCUGUGGCCAGGCUGCGUUCACCAGGCACCCCCGGGGAAGUGGAAAAGGAGCUUUGGUGGUGUAAGGGGUCAGCGCCCCUCGUCACGGCACGAUGGAGCUGUCUCCAUCUGCAGGGCACUGCCAAGGCUGGGAGCCCUCCAGUUAGAGCUGACCUGGCUUCUCCCACGCUGCCCAGUGAGCUGGCCUGGCGUCACCAUGUGGGCAAGGAAAUGGAAGGAGGAGGAGGAAGCUGCGCCUUCCUCCCACCAGGGUGAUGCGGGUUUGGGGCACAGUACUUGUUGGGAUGCACUGGAGGCCACCAGCCCUUCCCAGGGCUGCUGGCAAAGCGCUGGCUUGCUGGGAGCCUCACUGUGUGCCGAGCUGGCUCUGUGAUGGCCUGGGAUGCUGGGGCAGGCUGGGUGGUCGGCAGCCAAUGCAGGGCCUUUGGUGAGGGGCUGAGUGAGCUGUGACAGCCCCUUGGCUGCCCUGCCAGCAGCCCCCACACCAGUGUCAGCUCCAGGCCAGAGCUGACAGCAGCCAGGACAGACAGGAGAGGAGAGGACCUGCCCUGGGCAUGGUGGGGUGGUGUUGGUGUGGUGAGAGCAGGGGGAGAGGCUGCCUAAGCAUCCCUCACCCUCCUGCCAGCUGCCAGGGGAGCAGCUCCCAGCUCUCCUGCUCACCAGAUCUGCCAGUUCGGUGAGCAAAGGCCAUCAUCAGUGUCCAGUGAACGCUCUCAGGGGAGGCUGAGGCUGCUACAAGGGGUCGCCUCGGGGUCCAUUAUUGCUCUUGGCGGAGAAUCCAUUGGGAAUUACCCCGAAUCCUCGCUGGGCCGGGGCGAGCCAGCCGGGCUAAAUGGGAUGCAGGCGCUGCUGUGCUCGGCCCCCUCAGCACAGGCUGCAGUUAUUUUGGCUGCCGGGUUUAUCGGCGCAGGAAUGCGGCUGGCGGGCGCUGCCUGCGCGUCACU